AUGUCGGACCCCGUCACGGAAAUCGUCGCCCUCACACUCGUGCCGGACGUCGAGCUCUCCGUCUUUGCAACCGCACGCACCACCAUGCUGGCACAACCCGGCUGUCGCCGCCUGCGCGUCUCGCUCUUGCACGAGGACCCGAACCAGGCUCGCUUGUUCGUGGACUGGGACUCAGUAGCCGACCACGAAGCCUUCACCAAGACCCCCGACUUCGCCAAAGUCAUGACAGAGCAGCUCCUCCCGCAGCUAGCUGGCCCCCCAAGCAGCGCCGUGCACGCAAAGCUAGACCCGUACCCGGCCGCCGUGCUCUACGGCGACUCCUCCUCCGCCUCCACUGGCAAAGGCGGCCUCCUCGAGAUGCUCUCGCUGUACUUCGCCUCCGGCACGCCCGAGACGGACGUCGCGCAGGGGUUCGUCGCGGAGUUCCGCGCGUGCGGGGCGAAAGGGUUCACGGGCCACCUGUCUGCCGGCUGGGUGCGCGAGGACGUGGUGCACGAGGGCGAGACGCGCCGCUUGUUCGUCAUACUGUGCGGCUGGGAGAGCGUCGAGGCGCAUGGCGCGUUCAGGGCCACGGAGGACUCUGGGAGGCUCAUUCCGAAGAUACAGGCGCUGGAGGGGUUGAGGGGGAGGGAUGUUUUUCACGUGAGGGCGGAGUGA